AUGCCUCGUCGUCGCCUUCGCAUCCUGCCGCCGCAACGCCUCGUCGCCACCUGCCCGUCCCUCCGCCUCGACGUCUCGUCGCCGCGUUCCCGCCGCCGCGCCUGCUACGGCGCCGCCUGCGCAUCCUGCCGCCGCGACGCCUCAUCGCCGCCUGCUCGUCCCUCCGCCGCGACGUCACGACGCCGCCUCCCCUUCCCGCCGCCGCGCCUGCUUCAGCGUCGUCUGCCCGUCCCGCCGCCGCGACAGCUCGUCGCCCCCUGCCCGUCCCACCGCCGCGACCUAACAUCGCCGCGUGCGCAUUCCGCCGCUGCGACUGCUCGUCGUCACCGCCCCACCCCCCCCCCCCCCCCUGCCGCGAUUUCGCAUUGCCGCCUCCCCUCCCACCGCCGCACCUGCUUCCGCGUCACCCAUGCAUCUCGCUGCCCCUUCUGCAUCGCCACCCUCCCGCAAUUUCCCCCGCCGCAACUGCAACAUCGUCACUCCCCGGUUCUCGUUAACGCCACUGCGCCGCCGCCGCCCUGCCGCCGCGACUGCUUUGGCGCCGCCUGCCCAUCCUCCACCGCGACCGUGCCAUCCACGCCCACACUUCCUGCCGCCGUGACUGCCCCGUCGCCGCUUGCAGAUUCAGCCGCAACUGCACCCUCCCUUCCUCCUAUCCCUACUCCUCUUCUCCUCCCCUCCCCCUCCCCCUCCCCCUGCGCCCCUCGUUGCCACGGCCUGCCUGCCGCCGCCGUCCAUCGUUUCGCCGCCGCAGCCAUUUCCCCGCCGCCUUCACCUUUCCGCCGCCGCAUCCUGCUUGCAGCCGCCGCUCUCAAAAUCGCCGCCGCGGCCCUUCCGCCGUCGCCUGCGCCCCUCGUCGUCGCGGCCUGCUCGCCGCCGCCGCCCCCGACUUUGCCACCGCCUCCCCUUCCCGCCGCUGCACGUUCGCACAGCCGCCUGCGCCUUUGUCACCCGGCAGCAGUAGCGGCAGCAGGGGAAGUGCAGCAGCCUCCGCAGCAGCAACUUCACCCUUGGCCGCCGCGGGUCCACCCGCCGUCGCCCAUCAUGACUGCUACCCCCCCUGCCCCUCUCCCCCCUCCUCACUAG